AUGCUCGUGAAAGCAUCUCCUCGCUACUCAUAUCUUUCCAUGGCUCACAAUAUACUCGUUACCGGGGCAGCCGGCUAUGUUGGAGGCUCUGUGUUCGCAGACUUCUUGUCUCGGGAAGACGGCCCUGUUAGAACAGCGAACAUCUAUGGCGCAGUGCGGGCUGCGGACCAAGUUCAGCCCGUCUCAAAACUGGGCAACUCCAUCCGCUUGGAUCUUUCGGACGAGCACACUGUCAUGGACACCAUCCUAAACUAUCAGAUCGAUAUUGUCAUUCAUGCGGCAAGCUCUAUUGUCACAUCCCUGGCGCUGAACCUCAUCAAAGCUCUCGGCAAGCGACGUGAGGUCAGUGGACAACAGACAUACUUUAUUCACUCAUCUGUGAUUACAGUAUUCGCAGAAGAGGCAGGCUGGCCCUACGGAGAGGCCAGAGAUGACGGACCUUUGUUCACAAGGGAAAAGGAGUUAGCUCCUGAGCACCAUCCAGUUCGCACGACUAAUAUCGCAGUGAUUGAGACAGCGAAAGAACUUGGUGUUGAGGCUUUCAAUGUGCCACUGCCUACUGUCUAUGGGAGAGGCACUGGUGCCGUGAGGAAGCUGUCAGUCAGAAUUCCCGCCUAUGUCCGAAUCGGCAUGAAGCAUCGCAUCAUCCACAAGUUCCCUGAAGAUGGUAAUCCGCCCGGCAUACACAUCGCGGACCUGACCGAGCUCUACGCCGUCAUUGUAGAGCACAUCCUGCGACAAGAAAAGAUCCCCAGCGGCGACAAGGGAUACUACUUUGCCAUCGCUCAUAAAGUCCCGUGGUGGCGCACGAUCGAUUUGCUCGCACAGCAGAUGCACCGGCGUGGACUAGUCAAUGAGCCUACGCCUCGCACCUGGCCGACAUACGAGAUGGCCGCUGAUUGUUUGAAAUUCCCGGCAAGGUAUGUACGGGCUAUGGGUGCUUCCACCGGGGAUAUGAUCGCCAUCAACGGACCCAAGCUUGGCUGGCAACCCAAAUGGGACCAGAAUCGGUUUUUAGAGAGCCUGGAUCAGGAGAUUCAGGAUGUUUUGGAUCUUGACACCCUUCAGCCGUUCCCAGCAGAGACUCCCCGAGCCAAGAUGGAGAGAAUCUACGAAAGUACCAAGGACCUCGUCCUCACGAACCCCUUACUCUACGGAGGGCUGGCUUUCCUCUCUUGGUAUGCGGUGUCGACGUUCCUCACCUGGUACCGCCUCAGUCACAUCCCAGUGGCGAGCAUCUUCGAGAAUCUCUCCAAGAAGUACGGACCGCUGGUACGCAUCGGCCCCAACGACAUCCUCACGAGUGACGUUGAGCUGCUCCGACGAUCGAGCGCCGUCCGCGGCACGUACGACAAGAGCGACUGGUACUAUGCCAUCCGCUGGCAGCCGUACACGGAUAACACCGUGACCAUCAAAGAGCAUGGGAUCCACGACCGGCAGAAGGCCAAGAUUGCCAUCGCGUACAACACCAGCGGACGGGAGGUCGAUCUGAUUGAGCCCACCGUAGAUGAGCAAGUGCUCGAAAUGAUCCGCCUGUUGGACGACAAGUACGCCGUUGAGCCGGGAAAGGCAAGUGGGCAAGUCCCACUUCUCGACUUCAGCAACCUUUCUGUGUAUCUCACCAUGGAUGUGAUCACUCGCGCCGUCUUUGGCGAGGAGUUUGGCCACCUCAAGACUGACUCCGACAUCACUGGAUUCCUCACCGCAGUACGUGAAGGUUGGCCGAGGGUCUCCACGGUUGCAGAAUGGCCGGUUCUUCGACGCCUUCUCUUCUCCAGGACGUACCUGGGCCUCUUUGGGCCCAAGACUACGGACAAGACUGGAUAUGGCAAGUUGAUGUCAGCUGUGGUCGAUAGGGUGCGGGAGCGGUUCGAAGAUCCCAAAUCCGCCAAGAGAAAGGACAUGCUAAGCUCCUGGAUGCAGCAUGGCCUGAACCAAUUAGAGUGCGAGUCAGAUGGCCUGCUUGCGUUAGUCGCAGGAUCAGAGACUACAGCUUCGGUCAUGCGCAUUACCAUGCUAUCGCUGCUCUCAUCACCUACCGCCUAUCGCAAACUUAAAGAGACCGUGAAGCAAGCAAUUGAUGAGCACGGGGUAUCCCAGCCCAUCACAUUCGCAGAGUGUAAAGAUAUUCCUUAUCUCCGAGCUGUCAUCUAUGAAGGCUUGAGGAUGCGACCUGGAACGCCCGGCCAGUUUCCCAAGAUUGUCCCUCCGGCAGGAGAAACAAUCAACGGGACGUAUAUCCCGGGUGGAACCUCGGUGGGGAUGAACGUCCCGUCCAUCUUGAAGUUGACCGGCGCGUUUGGGUCCGAUGUAGACACAUUCCGGCCGGAGAGAUUCCUGGAAGUCGAUGAGGCACAGAAGGUGGAGAUGGAGCGGACAGUCGAGAUGAUGUUUGGCAGCGGCAGGUGGAUGUGUGCAGGCAAGCCAAUCGCGUUCAUGGAGCUAUACAAGACUUUCUUUGAGUUAUUCCGCAACUUCGACUUCCAGCUUGCCAAUCCCGGAAAGCCAUGGUCCUCACGGUCGUACUUGGUAUUCGUUGACGACGACUACUUCUUGAAAGUGACCAAGGCUGAAGUCUAA